AAUUCCACAUAAAAAAAUUAUCACUUGUGACGUGACUCCAAAUUGGUCUGUUGUAGUAAUUUCGAUUUAGGCUUUCCAAUAAAAAGGAAGAAAGAAAAAGAAAAGCCCAAUUAAGGUUCCUCGCCGCCGUCAUCGUCAUCACCGGGAAAUCUCCCUCCCAGUGAGCUGGUUCUUCUUCUUCUUCUUCUUCGUUAAAACUCAGUUCUUUACUAGCAUCUUUUUCUUCCGGAAAAAACCUUCAGCAAAAUGUCUGACUGUAAUUCUCCUAUUAAAAUGGUACAAGUAGAAAACAGAGGAAGAGCAUUAGUCUCCACCAAGCCGCUCAAGGCCGGAGAUAUACUCCUCAAAGACUCCCCUAUUCUCCUCUACUCCGCCGUCCCCUCCUCCUCCCCCGCCGCCAAUUACUGCUCCCACUGUUUCAGAACAAUCGCACCCCUCUCUGCAACAACCCUCUCUUGCCCCAAUUGCUCCACCGCCUCACCUUUCUGCUCUCCACAAUGCCAAUCCGCCGCUCUCUCCACUUCCCACACCCCAUUCGUUUGCCAAGCCUUACGCCGCCUCGGAGCCGCCGACUCUCCGCUCCUCCACCACGACCACCUCCUGCAAGCUCGGUUCCUCGUCGCCGCGUACAAUCUCGCAAUUGCGUCGCCUCCCCAAUUUCAAACCCUCCUUUCACUUGAAGGCGACGCCUCCGUAGACGAUGCAUCCAAUUUCUUGCAUUCCGUGAUUUCAUCGAUUUGCCAGCUGCCGAAUGCCGGAGGGGUAGGGUUUUCAGUCGAGCUGACGGCGGCGCUGCUAGCCAAAGACAAACUCAAUGCUUUUGGGCUGAUGGAGCCAUUCGAUCAAGAUAAAGAAAGGUCGGUUAGGGCGUACGGGAUUUACCCAACGGCGUCGUUUUUCAACCACGAUUGCCUCCCGAACGCGUGCAGGUUCGAUUACGUCGAUUCGGCCUCCGACAUUAGCAAUACUGAUAUUAUAAUUAGAGUUAUCCAUGAUCUGCCUGCAGGCAGGGAGAUUUGCCUGAGCUAUUUCCCUGUCAAUUUCAAGUAUUCGGAGAGGCAGCAGAGGUUGAAGGAGGGUUAUGGCUUCGUAUGCGAUUGUGAUCGCUGCAAAGUGGAGGCGAAUUGGUCUGAUAAUGAGGAAGAAGGGGAGGGUGGAGAUGAUGAUGAUGAUAUGGAUGAGGAUGGUGAUUUGGAUUGUGGCAUGGAUAAAGAAGAUGUUGAUGGUGAUGGUGCUUUCCCUCACGCCUACUUCUUCGUGAGAUACAUGUGCAGUAGAGACAAUUGUGGAGGUACAUUGGCCCCUUUACCUCACCAGUCUACAGUCAUGGAGUGUAAUGUUUGCGGCAGCUUCAGCAAAUGUGAAGACUGAAGCAUCAGUUUACAAUAAGCAAUCUCAGUUAGAGGCGUAAAACUGGUCGAUUCAAUUCUCGACACUUGCAAGUAUCCAACACGAGAUUGUUCCCAUCUCACAAAUCAAAUUUUGUUUACUGGAAAAAUCUGUGUAAAACUUGUCAAUGUCGACAGUAAUACUUCUUUGUCAAGUGUUACUUUUGUAUUAAAAUUAUUAUUUACUUU